AUGACUGUCUCUCCCUCGAGUGCGACGUCCGGGGCGGGCGCUACUGCGGCGAGGGACUCCGCCGCCGCCGCCCUACCGGCUGGGCUGGACCUGCUUCACUGGGAGGCGGGCAUCCCCGGGAAGCCCGGCACGCCGUGGGAGGGCGGCGAGUUCCGCCUCCGCCUGAACUUUACGGAGGACUACCCCACAAAGCCCCCCAAGUGCGUCUUCACACCAGUGCUCUUCCACCCCAACGUGUACCCAAGCGGCACCGUCUGCCUCUCGAUCCUUAACGAGGAGAAGGACUGGCGCCCGAACAUCACCAUAAAGCAGAUACUGCUGGCCAUCCAGGAGUUGCUGGACCACCCCAACAUCAAGGACCCCGCGCAGGAGGAGCCGUACAAGGUUUACAUGCGCGACAUCAAGGAGUAUGAGGCGCGCGUGCGCGAGGAGGUGCAGAGGCAUCAUUGGAAAGGCUAG